AGGAAAGACCCGCGAUGGCCCAAUUCCCCUUCUUCCUUUGAACUGUAAAACUGAAGGUGGGAUCUUGGUCUGAGUGGAAGGGACACUAUGCUCAGAGAAUUCCUGCCCCUGCUUUGCCUUGGGCUUGGCCUGGGCUUUGAAGACGAGAAAAAGAAUGAGAUGCUUCCCAAACCCUCCCUCGGUGCCUUGUCCAGUUUAGUGGUUGGACACAGAGAUAACGUGACUCUGAGGUGCCAGUCUCACUUCCAGAAUGUGACAUUCAUGCUGGGGAAGCUGGAGGACUCUGGGUACAGGCAGGAGCAGAGAUCCACAGGACACAAGGCUGAAUUCCCCCUCACUCACCUGGAACCGAAGGAUGCUGGGAUGUACUUUUGUGCCUACAAGACAAUGGUCUCCCAGGAGUGGUCAGGGGAGAGUGAAUACCUGCAGCUGAAGGUCAAAGAUGACCACAAUGGACGUGGAGCUACUGGAGUAAAAAAUGCUAAACUUGAUCAGGGUGUCUCAGGAGCCAAACUGAUUCUCCGACCUGCUCCUCUCCCACCAGCCAAUGGAUUAAUCUUUGCUGCCACCUUCAGCUGCCUUUCCAUUUUGAUCCUCUUCCUCUCUGUCUUCUUCAUCAACAGAUGUACCCAGCAUGGUUCGUCACAGGAAGAAUCCACCAAGAGAACCAGCCAUUCCGAAUUUCCCAAGCAGGAGGCUACAGACUGAAAGACCCCCAGGGAGUGAGCCAUGCUGAUCCACACCUGAGGCAGCUUCUGUCCCCCGCCAAGGAGCCCCCAGGAUCUUUUGAAUGUGCAGUGCGGCAGGCGAAGGAGGACAGC